AUGAUUGCCACUGGGGGAGUCAUCACCGGUCUGGCAGCCCUGAAGCGACAGGACUCCGCCAGGUCCCAGCAACAUGUCAACCUCAGCCCAGCGCCUGCUGCUCAGGACCAGAAACCAGUCCGACGGCGCCCGCGUGCUGAUGUUGUGGUGGUUCGUGGGAAAAUCCGGCUUUAUUCUCCCUCUGGCUUUUUCCUCAUUCUGGGAGUGCUGGUGUCCAUCAUAGGGAUCGCCAUGGCAGUGCUUGGAUACUGGCCCCAGAAGGAGCAUUUCAUUGACGCAGAGACCACCCUGUCCACCAAUGAGACACAGGUGGUUCGGAACCAGGGCGGCGUGGUGGUGCGCUUCUUUGAGCAGCAUCUGCACUCUGACAAGAUGAAGAUGCUUGGCCCAUUCACCAUGGGCAUCGGUAUCUUCAUUUUCAUCUGUGCCAACGCCAUCCUUCACGAGAACCGCGACAAGGAAACCAAAAUCAUCCACAUGAGGGAUAUCUACUCCACGGUCAUCGACAUCCACACCCUGAGACUCAAGGAGCAGAAGCAGGCGAAUGGCCUGUAUGCGGGCUUGCUGGGAGAUGUGGAAGUGAAGCAGAAUGGCAGUCCCUGCGCAUCCAGACUGGCCGCCACCACCUUGGCCUCUUUCUCAGGGUUGCGCAACAGCUUCCGUGUGGACAGCUCGGUGGAGGAGGAUGAACUGAUGCUGAGUGAAAGUAAGAGCCUGGGGCAUCUCAUGCCCCCUUUGUUGUCUGACAGCGCAGUCUCUGUCUUUGGUCUUUAUCCACCUCCAUCCAAGACCACCGAUGACAAGACCAGCAGCUCCAAGAAGUGUGACACCAAAUCGAUUGUGUCGUCAUCCAUCAGCGCUUUCACACUGCCUGUGAUCAAACUUAAUAACUGUGUCAUUGAUGAGCCCGGUAUAGACAGCAUCACUGAGGUGGCAGACAACCUGAAAAGCAGAUCCAGGAAUCUUUCUAUGGAUUCCCUUAUGGUCCCACUGCCCAGCUCUGGUGAGGCCUUCCAGCCUUCCAGCACAUUACUGCCAAGGAACAAUUCCGUUGGAGAAUCCCUCUCGAGUCAAUACAAGUCUUCUGUGGCCCUGGGACCCGGGACUGGGCAGCUGUUGUCUCCUGGAGCUGCCAGAAGACAGUUUGGAUCCAAUACAUCCUUACAUUUCCUCUCCUCCCACUCUAAAUCCCUAGACUUAGAGCGGGGUCCCUCCACACUCACAGUGCAGGCGGAACAGAGGAAACACCCGAGUUGGCCUCGGUUGGAUAGAAGUAACAGCAAAGGAUACAUGAAACUGGAGAACAAAGAGGACCCCAUGGAUCGGUUGCUGGUUCCCCAAACAGCGAUCAAAAAAGACUUUACUAAUAAAGAGAAACUUCUUAUGAUAUCAAGAUCCCAUAACAACUUGAGCUUUGAACACGAUGAGUUUUUGAGUAACAACUUGAAGCGGGGAACGUCUGAAACCAGAUUCUAGUGUUUAAAAAUAGUUUUCCAAGGAGAUAUAUUUUCACCAGUGUUUU